AUGCGUGAUCCAUUAGUUUUUGCUCCAAAUGUGGAUGUAUUAAAAAUAAUUUAUUAUCUUGAUUGGAUUAAUAAGUUAAAUGAAAAGGAUAAACUUCUAUUUUUACUUGCAUUAAUAUUCUCAUCAGAUGAAUUACAAGGUACAGCAUCUUUUGAAAAUAAUGUACUAUGUCCUAAAGGAGCAUCCAUAAAUAAUGUCUAA